CGUACCGCUCAGUCGUCCAGCGGAUGUCGCACCAGAUAGCAGAGAAAAUCCCCAAGAUACUUAUUCGUAAAAGAGACCGAGUGAUAUAAAUAGUGCGUUUAACUCCUUCUUCAACCGCGACACGUGCCGGGCACACUUCCCCCGAACUGCAAUCAAACGGAGGUGCCCCAUAAUUAGGUAAAAGAGCACACUCACCUCUGGGUGAAAGCUAUAGCAAUGAGCUGUCUGCACUUGAAGAACUUUAAACGGGCCAAGUGGUCGCAACCUUUGCCAAAGAGUUAAGCAUCUAACUAUCAUACCAUAACUACAAGCACUUUUCGGAGCCCUUCCAAGGCAGAACUCUGCAAGUGAAAUCUAUUGAGAGCUGGUCUAAAACAGGAGCCCCAAGAAUGCCACCGCUCAGGCAGGCGGUAGUGGUGCUGUCGGUGGUGCUGGCCCUGGCCCUCCUGCUGGUGGAUCCCUCGCUCGCCCAGCGACCUUUGAUCAUGAACCACACCUUCAGCUCGCUGCCGAUGUCCCAGCACCCCAGCUUCAACAGUUGGCCAGGAGCGACCGGGGGCAAGCAGUUGCGCAACGGCAGGCUGCACGAGCAGCCGCUGCCACUGCCGCAACCCACUUUGCCGGUGGCCACUCAGUACGAGGACUACGAGGGGGCCAACCCCGGAUUACGAAGAGACAACAAGCGGCGCCUGGCUCAGAUGGCCCAGAUGGCUCAACGACCAGGGAGCGGGAAUGCCGGACGACGCGGCAUUGAAUCCCUGCGCAAGGAGCUAAUGAAUCCCUCGGUGGGCGGCCCCGGCGGAGGAAUCUCCGGCGGCAGUGCCGGGUAUCCUUCGUACUCCGGCACCUCCUCCAUCGGACGCAUCGACGGACUGGGCCAGGGCAUGGGAUCCGCGGAUCGUUAUGGCGAACAGCUGCGGCAGCCCAGCGGAAUGGCCGCCAUGACAGCUGGUCCUCUGGGAGGACCCUACUCCACGAUUCCCCCUCUGUAUGCCGGCGUGGAUGAGCAGCCCAAGCGCUCCAAUCAGCGCAAGAGCCCCAUUAGCGAGCUGUACAAACUGAAGAAGGCCCUGAAUCAAGCCGAUGAGCCCGCCGGCGGAGUGACUCACGGCAACUUUGAGGGCGAUCCACAGCCCUCCUCGGCGGAUCCGCUGCAGGAGAUCAAGGACCGCAUCCGAGAUACAUCCCCAAAUGCGAACACAUAUGCCCCGCACACGGACGCCACGCCCUCGUCGGAAUACGAGUAUGAGCUGGGCGUGAAGUGCAACUUCGAGACCCCUUGCAGCUGGACUUGGGUGAACUACACGGACGGCUUCCAGGUGAUCAGUGGCACGGAGCUGGCCAAGUGGAACCUCACUGGACUGCUGCCAGGACCGGCGGCGGAUAGUAUCGACGACGCCAACGGACACUUCCUGUACGCCCGCGUGCACCCAAACUCGCGGCCCCUGAACCUCACCUCGCCGGAGUUCAGCACCACGAUGGAGAAGUGCUUCCUGGAGGUGUACAUGCACCAGAGCGACAUGAGCCACGGACUGUCGCGGGUGGUGGUGGAGCCCCUUCACACGGCGGAGAGCAGCUGGGUGCCCGCUGAGAUCCUGGGCGACAAUGUGCGCCAGUGGACCAGGAAGGUGUACCGCCUGGGACGCGUCUCCCGCGACUUCCGCAUCGUCUUCGAGGUGGUUCCCGAUCUGCGAGUGGGCCAGAAGGGUCACGUGGCGCUGGACAACCUGCGGAUGGUGAACUGCUUCCCCGAGGGCACGAAGUCGGAGAAGUGCAGCACCUCGCAGGUCAAGUGCACCGCCAACAGGGUGCCGGUGUGCAUCCACCUGCCGCGGAUCUGCGACAUCACCAGGGACUGCGACGAGGCGGAGGACGAGCAGCAGUCGUGUGAUAAAAUUCCUUACGGCGGACGCUGCGACUUCGAGGAGGACUGGUGUGGUUGGCGCGACUCCGGGAAGACCACGCUCACCUGGUCGCGCCACACGGGCUCCUCGCCCACCCACGACACCGGCCCGGAUGGCGACCACACCAUGCAGCACCUGCAGAACAACACCAGCGGGUACUACAUGCUGGUCAACAUGAACCAGCACAUGAACAACACGGAGAAGAACUCGAUCAUCGGAUUCGCCAGCAAUGCGAUCAUGGUCAGCAAGACCUUCAAUCCGCCGCCGUCGGUCCAUGGAAAUCCGGACUCUGCCUAUCGCAACUCCUGCGUGGUGAGGUUCUUCAUCCACCAGUUCGGCAAGAACCCGGGCAGCAUCAAUCUGUCCGUGGUGGAGAUGAAGGAGAAGGAGAACAUCACCACCACGCUGUGGUGGAGCACCAAGAACCAGGGCAGCGAUUGGCUGAGGGCGGAAUAUGUACUGCCCAACAUAACGUCCAAAUACUAUCUGCAAUUCGAGGCUCGCAUGGGCAUGAGAAUCUACUCGGAUGUGGCCGUGGAUGACUUCUCACUAAGUCCAGAGUGCUUUGGCCUCAAUAUACCGGAGGAUCACCUGGGUGGCUACAACUACUGGGAUGUCCGACAGAACCUGAAGAGUCCUACCUACAAGGACUUUGAAUAUACCAACUAUCUUGAGCUUACCAGCUGCGACACCCGUGGCAUGAUAGGACCCUCGCAGUCGCAAUGUGAAGCUUCCUACAGGGAGCAGAAUAAGUCGCAUGUGCUUCGGGAAGUCCAUGUGGUGGAGGACCAGAGCAGCUACAAGGGCAUGCAGAAGUGGAAGGUUCCCCACGAGGGUCACUACACAAUCAUUGCGAAGGGCGCCAGUGGAGGAUUGGGAUCGGGCGGAGUGGGCAGCUCUCGGGGAUCGGUGGCGGUGGCCGUGCUGGAGCUCCACAAGCACGAGGAACUGUACUUCCUGGUGGGUCAGCAGGGCGAGAAUGCCUGCAUCAAGUCCAUGGGAGUGCUCAAAGAAGCCGGCUGCGGCACGGAUCACGACCUGGAUCUGGCUCAGUAUAGCUUCCGUUCCAAGCAGGAUAUGGUGAAGAAUAUCUACAUUGAAAAUGGCGCCGGCGGCGGAGGCGGUGGCUCCUACGUGUUCCUCCUUAACCAGGCCAAAAACGAGGCAGUGCCUCUGUUAGUGGCUGGCGGCGGAGGCGGUCUGGGAAUAGGCCAGUACAUAGACGAGGACUUCCAGCACGGCCAGAAGUGGAAGCCCCUGCUGGCGCCAGAGAGUGGCCAGAUCAACGGGGAGCCCCUGAACAAGAAGACCGCUGGACCAGGAGGCGGCUGGCGGGCCAAGGAGGACCAGGCCCUGAGUCCCACCAACGGAGCUGCGCUGCUCCAGGGCGGCCGCGGUGGUCACUCCUGCUACGUGGAGCUGGCAGACAACGGCACCUCCGUGCACAGACAUGGCCAGGGUGGAUUUGGCGGCGGAGGCGGGGGCUGCAACACCGGAGGAGGAGGCGGUGGCUACGCCGGCGGGGAUGUCUACCUAACCGAGUCCAAUGGCGAGGGAGGCAGCUCGUACAUCAGCAUGAGCCGCAGCCUCCGGGAAACAAUCGACGUGCACGCGGGUGCCAGCAGUGGACCAGGCGCCAUCAUCAUCAUCCCGGCGAUUGAGGGCUGCGGCUGCGACUACAGGUGCGUCGCCCUGGACGAGUUUCGGUCCAAGGUGCGGUGCAUCUGCCCCGAUGGCUGGAGUCUCAAGAGGGACAACCACACCGCCUGCGAGAUUCGCGAGGAGGCGGGCCAGUCGUCCUUCCAGUACCUCGUCUCCAUCCUGAUGAUCUCGCUGGCCGUGCUCUUCAUCUGCAUUGCAGCACUCAUCUUUAUGCUCUACAAUCGCUAUCAACGUAAGAAGCAGUCGAAAAAGCGCCACAAGAUGCUCGUGGAGCAGGAUCUCCAACUCACACGGUUGCGCAACAACAUCGACGACUCCAACCUGAACAACUUCAAUCCCAACUACGGAUGCGAUGGCAUCCUCAAUGGCCACAUCGACGUCAACAGCUUGCCCCAAGUGGCUCGCGAUAGCCUCCAGUUGGUUAAUGCCCUGGGCAAAGGUGCUUUUGGUGAGGUCUACAUGGCACUUUAUCGCCACCGAGACGGGGAUGCCGUGGAGAUGGGCGUGGCAGUGAAAACCCUGCGCGAAGAUCCCAAGCGGGAAAAGGAGGAGGAUUUCCUGAAGGAGGCUGCCAUAAUGGCCAAGUUCAAUCACCCGAACAUGGUGCACUUAAUAGGCGUCUGCUUCGAUCGCCAGCCGUAUUACAUAGUCCUGGAACUGCUCGCCGGCGGGGAUCUGCAGAAGUUCCUGAGGGAGAACAGGAACACCCCGGAACGUCCCUCCCUGUUGACCAUGAAGGAUCUGCUCUUCUGCGCCCUGGACGUGGCCAAGGGGUGUCGCUACAUGGAGAGCAAGCGGUUCAUCCAUCGGGACAUCGCCGCCAGGAACUGUCUGCUGAGCAGCAAGGGUCCCGGUCGAGUGGUGAAGAUCGCCGACUUCGGCAUGUCCCGGGACAUCUAUAGAUCGGACUACUACCGAAAGGGAGGCAAGGCCAUGUUGCCCAUCAAAUGGAUGCCGCCGGAGGCCUUCCUCGACGGCAUAUUUACCUCCAAGACGGACGUGUGGUCCUUCGGCAUCCUCCUGUGGGAGGUCUUCAGUCUGGGCCGCUCACCAUAUCCCGGUCAGCACAACACCCAGGUGAUGGAGCUGGUGGUGCGCGGCGGUCGCCUGGGCUCGCCCACCGAGUGCCCCGUCUCCAUAUACAAGGUGAUGGCCGACUGCUGGAACCCCACGCCCGAGGAUCGGCCCACCUUCAUCAGUUUGCUGGAGCACCUGACCGCCUGCACACAGGACGCGAGCAUAAUGAAUGCCCCGCUGCCCAAUAUCCUGGGACCCACGGCCUCCGAGCGGGACGACACCGUCAUCCGGCCGCCCAACGGCGAGGAGUUCUGUCUGGCAGUGCCGGACUACCUGGUGCCGCUGCCCCCCGGUGGCAGUGGUAAUCCCUCGCUGGCCAGCAGCUCGGGCUACCUUCCGGAGUCGCAGCGCCAGCAGAUGAGCUCCUGCACCCCGCCGGCGGUGACCUCCCCCGCCGCUCCACAUCCGCGGCCGGUGGAGAGUGUCGCCCCCGCCAACGGAGAUUGCUGGGAGACGUCCUUCAUUCUACCGAAGGCCAAGGCCAAGGCGGAACCGCCAGUGGCCGGCAGCAUCCACGGGCCUCCGGCCGUCGGGGAGGAGGCCAAGCUGAUCAGCCUGGACACCCCGCAGCCCACGCCGACCACCAUCCAGCCGCCGCUGUCCUUCGCCUCCCAGCUGGACGGGAUCACGCUGGAUCCAUCGGCGCUGACCAAGGGCUUGCCCAACGGCAGUGCCAAGCAGUCGUACGCCAACGUGCAGGUGAAGAACGAGGCGGAGGGCAAGGUCGUCAACGGGGUGGUGGCCAACGGGGCGGCAGUGAUGAACGGGGACGUCUCGACGGGAUCAUCAGGUGGUGCCGAUUCACCGUUCACCAUUCAGGGAUAUGCGGAGCGGUACAAGGACAACAACAAUCAUUCCGAAAUCAGUUGUUAAGAAAAACAUCGUAUGCUCCAGUCAGGACUACACUUUCAAAAGCAAGAAUUCGGGUAUCCACGUUCAUUGGAUCAUUUUAAAUCAAGCGGGAAGCGUGAACAUUUUCGGCAGCUUUGUGGAGAUUUAUAAAAUCUUUAAGCGAAUAGGAUUGGUCGAGGAUCUGCUAAUGAACGGUCAAUAUCUCUGGACCUUUGAAUUAUACCCCUGAAUUUAGGCAGCAUCUCCCACGCUCACUGUGAACUCUGAAUCGCCCAUGAGUUCUCCUUGUUUUGGGGCAAUCACAAUUUGCUUGCGCCUCACCAGCGCAUUAAAUAUAUUUAUUCUCGAUCUAUAAUGAGAAAAAAAACCAAAAAUUGGGAUAGCAAAAACCGAGUGAGAACUUCACAAAAACAUUUUAUUGUAAUCUUAAAUUUGUAUUGCGUAAAAACAAAAAACCAAAGUCGGAUAACAAAAAAAUGAAAGUAACACAUAAAUUUAGUUGAAACAAAUAGUUUAGUUUUUUACCAGAUAUUAGUUUUGCGAAAAAAAAGCAGAGUAAAAACUAAAACCAAAUUGUGCGAGAGGUUGUAUAUAUUAAUUGUAUCUAAGUUUUACAAUUGCCCUUAAUUUAAUUUUACUAUUUUGUUUAUCUCUUUAGUUUCAUAAGCUGAUGACUGAAAUGCCAAACAAUAUUCCUAAAGUAAAAAAAGAAAAGAGAAAAUCGUUAGCUUAUUUUUAAUAGCAGUCCAGAACCGGGAACCAAGAUGUCAACUCAAAGUAGUUCAAAGUCUCAACACAGCUCUUUAAAGUUCGCAAUAAUACCACAAAUGUAGUCAGACAGAUAUGCCACAUAUGUUUUAAAAUAGGAUAUAUUUUACUUUAGGAUUCUCAAUUCUUGUAUGGUUUACUCCGAGAAAAAUAAAAUAGAGUGUAAAUAACAAGCUUCCGUCGUAGCGAAUUACGUAUAUUAUAUGUAUUUGAGUAGUCUUAAGGAAAUAAAAAAACAGUAGCAUGUAAA